AUGGAGGAGGCCACCAUUCUCGACUGUCACUUGUCACAUAUGUUUCAAAAGAAAUUUGACCUCGACUAUUUCACUUCUGCAACAGAAGUAAUGAAAGAAAUAAGAAAUGUACAGGCAGCGGAAGGCCCAGCUAACUUGACGGUCGGUCUAGCAAGUGCUCAAAUUGCUCUGAACAAUGGUCGUGCUGACGGGACACGAACCAAUGCCAAAUCGCUUAUUCUCUUAUGUGUGACUGACUAC